AUGACCAUUCCACGCCUAGAGCUCACCGCAGCCCUCCUGCUGACAAAAAUAGUCAGCUGGACUCAACAAACGCUGGAACUCAACGCAGAGAUAUACCUCUGGUCAGAUUCAUCGGUCGCCUUGGCAUGGAUCAACAGCCAUCCAUCACGAUGGAAGGAGUUCGUUCACAACAGAGUGACGAAAAUACAAGAAGAACUACCAACAGCUGUGUGGAGACAUGUUGGUGGGAUUUACAACCCCGCUGACUGUGCUUCACGUGGCAUAUCACCGAAUCAACUCAACGAACAUCAUCUAUGGUGGAGCGGGCCUGACUGGCUAGCCAAACCGCCAUCAGCCUGGCCACAAAACACAAUCAAUACUCCAACGGAGGUCUCACUUGAAGAGAGACCAGCAUCGGCUCACCCAGUGGCUGUUGAAGUUAGACAGCAUCCAUUGGCAGAGUUCCUCAACAGAUACUCCACGUUAUCCAAGGUUCUACAAGUCACAGCAACAAUAAAUCGAGCAAUCCAACGACUUCGCAGACAACCAACGCCAGAAUCACCAGUCUUGACAACGGGAGAACUCAACGAAGCGAGAAACUUCUGGGUGAAGGUAACUCAAACACAAUACUUUGCCAACGUGUUUCAGAACCUCAACAGAGACCUUCACCUGCCUCGUCAACAUCCACUGGCCAAACUCACCCCGAGAAUUGACGAUUCAGGGAUCCUCAGGCUGGGUGGACGAUUGAAAAACUCCAUGCUCGAUCCCGACGAAACUCAUCCGAUCAUUCUACCACGACAGUCACGCCUAACAACGCUCAUCAUCAACGAAGCUCACAAGAAAACACUACACGGAGGAACGCAAAUCACCAUGGCCUACAUCAGACAACGAUACUGGAUCGUUGGCGGCAGGAAAUCAGUACAAUCAUUUAUACUACGCUGCUCUAUCUGCACCAGGUUCAGGGCAACACGAGCACAACAGCUGAUGGGUCAGCUCCCAACGUCGAGAGCAACACCUUCACGACCAUUCCUGCACACUGGAAUCGAUUAUGCAGGACCUCUUCCAAUUCUAAAGUGGAGGCCAACGAACGCUCAACCAUCAACUGUCCAUAUUGCUGUCUUU